CUUCAUAUUUUGGAGAUUUUAGUACGACAUCGGGGAACUUUUGGCAUACUAACUAUAUCCAUACUAUGACCAACAAUCAUACUAUAUGCCCAAUCACGUUACAAAUAGUGUGGUUUAGUAUGAGUAUUUUAACACAGCUCUACGGUCUGGUUUAAUUUAAAAGAACGGAAAGAGAAUCUUUCAACCAGGAAGUGAAUUCAACCAAUAGGAUUUUGGCAAAGCGUCCUAAACUGACGUCAACCCGGUAACGAUGAACAACCGGUAGGAUUGUAGAGAAAUCUGUGCCUAUUUUCCGUUAACUGAAUUGUUUUAAUAUACUCAACUAAAACGUGCAAACAUCAUGGUUUUCGAUGUGAGGAGGUUGGAUAUCUACAGGAAAGUACCCAAAGACCUGACCCAGCCCACGUACACAGGAGCUGUGGUGUCCAUUAUCUGUUGUGUCUUCAUGUUGUUCCUGUUCCUCUCUGAGCUGAAGGGAUUCAUAGCCACUGAAAUUGUUAACGAGCUGUAUGUGGAUGACCCUGAUAAGAACAGUGGUGGGAAGAUUGAUGUGAGUUUGAACAUCAGUUUGCCAAACUUACACUGUGAUUUGGUGGGUCUUGAUAUCCAGGAUGAGAUGGGUCGUCAUGAGGUGGGGCACAUAGAUAACUCCAUGAAGGUUCCUCUCAACCACGGACAUGGCUGUCGCUUCGAGGGAGAGUUCACUAUUAACAAAGUACCAGGUAACUUCCACGUGUCGACCCACAGCGCCACAGCCCAGCCCCAGAGCCCUGACAUGACACACCUCAUACACAAACUGGCCUUCGGGGAGAAACUACAGGUGCAGAAUGUCCAAGGAGCCUUUAAUGCGUUGGGAGGAGCUGACAGGCUGGUCUCCAACCCUCUGGCAUCUCAUGACUACAUCCUAAAGAUUGUCCCAACAGUCUAUGAAGACCUGAGUGGAAAACAGAGGUUCUCCUACCAGUACACAGUAGCCAACAAGGAGUACGUAGCCUAUAGCCACACAGGAAGGAUUAUCCCAGCUAUCUGGUACCGCUAUGACCUCAGUCCAAUCACAGUGAAGUACACAGAGAAGAGACAACCCCUCUACCGGUUCAUAACUACGAUCUGUGCUAUCAUCGGGGGGACGUUCACGGUAGCAGGCAUCAUAGACUCCUGUAUAUUCACAGCCUCCGAGGCCUGGAAGAAGAUCCAGAUAGGAAAGAUGUCCUGAGGACAUAUCACUACGCUGUCCCGAGGACGCAUCACUACGUGUCACUACGCCCUCAUAAAACGUAUUUCUAACAUCCAGAAGGGUGUAUCUCAAUAGUCUGCCGGCUUCCUCUCCUUCACCUGCUAGAAUAAUAAUAUAUACCAUUUAGCUGACGGUUGUUUCCUAAGCGACUUAGUCAUGUUACACAUUUUUCUUUACGGGUGGCCCCAGCGUGAAUCGAUCCCACCAUCCUGUCGUUACAAGUGCCAUGCUCUACCAACUGAGCCUUACAUUCCUUCAUCUAUCAGAGCAGAGGAAGGAAAGGAGACGAGUCGAGGAAGCGACUCCAGACUAUUGAGAUGCACCCAGAGACUGGCAGUAUAUUUCCCCAGAUGACAACAGGAUGGAUGGUUAACUGAUUGUUUUCAAAUGGCACCAUUUACCCUUUUAUAGUGCACUUCUUUUGGAGCCUCAUAAAUAGUGCACUUCUUUUGGAGCCUCAUAAAUAGUGCACUUCUUUUGGAGCCUCAUAAAUAGUGCACUACUUUUGGAGCCUCAUAAAUAGUGCACUUCUUUUGGAGCCUCAUAAAUAGUGCACUAUGAAUCCAAUUUUUUUGUCAUGUUACUUUCAAAUGUUUUUUUUUUUUACAUAAUAUUUUGUACUUUGUGACAUGAAGUGAAUAUAUAUACUGUCUUUUGCAGGUGUAAAAUACCACAUUGUAACAAUACUGUAUUUAUGAUUGUAUUGUAGAAUGAAUCACACUGUCACAUCAAGCCAUUGGAAAUAUAAAGAAUCAAUUGUGCCUUAGGUUUAAAGCCCAUGUCAUACAGUAUGUCUCUCAAAUCAACAGUGUUCAGCUUUCUGGGUCGUUUGGUUUCUCAUCUCAAUGUUGACUGAACCAGGCUUUUCUUAUUAUCAUGGGUAGCCUAGUGGUUAGAGCGUUGGACUAGUAACCGCAAGGUGGCAAGUUCGAAUCCCAAAGCUGACAAGGUACAAAUCUGUCGUUCUGCCCCUGAACAGGCAGUUAACCCACUGUUCCUAGGCCGUCAUUGAAUAUAAGAAUUUGUUCUUAACUGACUUGCCAAGUAAAAUAAAGGUAAAAUAAAAAAAUAAAAACAAUUUCAGAAUGCUGAAUCUAUUACGGUAUUGACUGAAUAAUGGACCAACUCUAGAACUAGUCUUGGUUCUAGAACUAGUCUUGGUUCUAGAGCUUGUCUUGGUUCUAGAGCUAGUCUUGGUUCUAGAGCUAGUCUUGGUUCUAGAACUAGUCUUUGUUCUAGAACUGGUCAUGGUUCUAGAGCUGGUCAUGGUUCUAGAGUUGGUCUUGGUUGUAGAGCUGGUCUUGGUUCUAGAGCUGGUCUUGGUUCUAGAGCUGGUCUUGGUUCUAGAGCUGGUCUUGGUUGUAGAGCUGGUCUUGGUUGUAGAACUGGUUUUGGUUCUAGAGCUGGUUUUGGUUGUAGAACUGGUCUUGGUUGUAGAACUGGUCUUGGUUCUAGAACUACAACGUGGUCAAUGUUUACUGCCCUGCCCCGCCCACUCUCCUUUUUUAUAGAAUGUUUCCUAAAUCCAUUGUGACUGACCGUACUUUCUGUUCAGUGUUCUUGUGUCAAAUCCAUUUGUUAUGAAGUUGUUUUUGGUUUUAUCUACUUUCUGAAAAUGUUCAAAGGAUUUGUACGUCUUUAUGUUUUUGCCAAAAAGUAAUAGUAUUUUCUUUGUUCCUUCUGUUUUUCUGAAUGUAAACGUGUGUAUUCUUUUGAUUUGUAAUUGAUAACAAUCGGUAUUAUCCGUUUGACGUUGUUACAGGGUUUCUGUGGGAAGGGAGGGAACUGUGUAGUUAUAAGGGCUAUAUCCCAAAUGUCACCCUAUUGCCCAUGUAGUGCAUGACUUUUAGACCAGGGCCCAUAGGGCGCUCAUCAAAUGUAGUGCACUACACAAGGAAUAGGGUGCCGUCAAGAUGUUCUUUAUCAAUGUUCUCAUCACUACCAUGACAACUGAUGAAAGCCAUUGAUAAAUAGAAGUCUUUAAAACUGGUAUUACUCGACUAGGUCAGACAUUUUCCUGUCAUGAAAGAAGCAGAUGAUGUGUGCAACAACCAGUAAAGUUACUUUAGCAACCA